CCCAGAGAUGCAGGCCGCCCUGACCGGCUCCGUUUUCCAUUCCUCUCGGAGAGACGAGCCGCCCUCGCCUAGAUAUCACGUGUCCUUAUCGCGGAAACAGCCAACGUGCGGUGCCCGCGAGAGGGUACCAGGAAAAGUUGAGAUAGGAGACGUGUGACGCCGCUCGCUGUUUUGUCUGUCCCCACCAACGGAUACGGACCGUGUCCGUCGUCAGUUCGAUCAUCGCCUCCUUUGGUGACCGCAUCCCCUAGCAGCAAGCAUGUCUUCGAAUCCGACAGGUGAAGCGACAGUGCUGUCCGGAAGGCAAAUUGCCAAGGAAAUCCGGGAAAAGUUGGCUGAAGAGGUCAAAGCCAUCAAGGCAAAGCACCCGGAGUUCAGGCCUAUGCUUGCCAUUGUCCAGGUUGGCGGACGAGAGGAUUCAAAUGUCUACAUUCGUAUGAAGCGCCGGGCGGCUGAAGAAGUUGGCGCUGAAUCCCAACACAUCAAGUUUCCUCGCACCAUUACCGAAGCGCAGCUGUUGAAGGAAGUCGAGACACUGAACAAGGACCCCAGCAUUCACGGCAUCAUCGUCCAGUUGCCGCUAGAUUGUGAAACUAAUAUAGACUCUAACCGGAUCACAAAUGCAGUCUCACCCGAAAAAGAUGUGGAUGGAAUCCACGACCAAAAUGCUGGCCGUCUGGCUCACGGGGAGUUGGAAGGCUUUUUUGUCCCCUGCACACCAAGAGGCUGCCUUGAAUUGAUUAAGCGUUCAGGUGUCCCCAUCGUGGGUGCUCGUGCCGUGGUGCUUGGCCGGAGCAAGAUUGUGGGUUCGCCAAUGUCGUCACUGCUGUUGUGGAACCACGCCACAGUGACCACUUGCCACUCAAAGACGAAAGACCUGCCGUCAAUGUGCCGGGAAGCCGACAUCUUGGUGGUGGCCAUCGGCCGCCCACGGAUGGUGAAGGCUGACUGGGUCAAGCCUGGCGCUGUGGUGAUUGACUGUGGCAUCAAUGCCAUCCCAGAUGCGACCCGAAGCUCAGGCACUCGCCUUGUUGGUGACGUUGACUACGACGAGGUGAAGAAGGUGGCCUCCUACAUCACACCCGUGCCAGAGGGUGUGGGUCCCAUGACUGUGGCCAUGCUCAUCAGCAACACUGUCGACUCAGCCAAGCGCUGUCUUAAGGCCUCUCUUAAGUUUCAGAGGGGUGCAUGGUCGAUGCGGUACCUGCCGCUGUCUCGGCAGACGCCCGUUCCGUCGGACUUGGACAUCGCGUUCGCCCAGAAGCCCAAGUUGGUCGAUGAGCUCGCCCGCGAGAUGGGACUCGAGCCGCACGAGUGGGAGCCCCAUGGCCGACACAAGGCCAAGCUGCUGCUUCCGCUGCUGAACAAGCAAGGCACGGACGGCCACUACGUCCUGGUGACGGGAGUGAACCCGACUCCAUUGGGCGAAGGCAAGAGCACCACUUCGGUCGGGCUGGUCCAGGCACUGGGCGCCCACCUGGGACGCAAUGCGAUCGCCUGCUUGAGGCAGCCCUCGCAGGGCCCCACCUUCGGCAUCAAGGGCGGCGCAGCCGGUGGAGGAUACGCGCAGGUCAUCCCCAUGGACGACCUGAACCUGCACCUGACCGGAGACAUGCACGCCGUGACUGCUGCCAACAACCUGCUGGCGGCUCAGCUGGACGCUCGCAUUUUGCACGAGACGACGCAGCAGGAUGCCGCCCUCUUCGGACGCCUCGUGACUCCCCGCCAGGGAGCCAAGUGCUUCUCCGAGUCGCAGCGCCGUCGGCUGGCCAGGCUGGGCUUGCCCGUCGAUGCAAAUCCCGAAGACCUCACCGCCGAGCAAGCCGCACGCUUCGCUCGUCUCGAUGUGGACGUUAACAGCAUCACCUGGAACAGGGUGAUGGACACCAACGACCGCUUCCUUCGUCGCAUAACGAUUGGCCAGGGACCAGCAGAAAGCAAGGCAACACGACAGACCCAGUUUGACAUCACGCCAGCCAGCGAAGUGAUGGCCGUCCUAGCACUGGCCAAGGACAUGGAAGACCUUCGGGACAGAUUGCGAGCGAUCGUUGUGGCCAGUGAUCGCAAAGGAAAUCCUGUUACAGCGGACGACCUGGGUGCAGCGGGGGCCAUGUUGGUUCUCCUGAAGGACGCCGCGUGUCCGACGCUCCUGCAGACGCUAGAGGGCACGCCGGUGCUCAUCCACUGCGGCCCCUUCGCCAACAUUGCUCACGGAAACUCGUCCGUCAUCGCUGACCGGAUGGCUCUGAAGCUUGUCGGUCCCAACGGAUACGUCGUGACCGAGGGCGGCUUCGGCGCCGACAACGGCAUGGAGAAGUUCGUGGACAUCAAGUGCCGGGCGUCCGGCCUGUCGCCCAGCGCCGUCGUCAUCGUGGCCACCGUGCGAGCUCUGAAAGUUCACGGCGGAGGGCCCCUGAUUGCACUAGGUGCCCCGCUGCCGGCUCAGUAUCGCACCGAGGACUUGUCCCUGGUGCGCAGCGGCUUCUGCAACCUGGCCCGCCACAUCGAGAACGCGGCCAAGCUGGGCCUGCCUGCCGUGGUGGCCAUCAACGCCUUCUCGACCGACACUGCGGCCGAGCUCGAGCUCGUGCGCGAGAUGAGCGUGGCCGCUGGCGCCCAGGGCGCCAUCGUGUGCCGUCAUUGGGAACUCGGAGGAGAAGGAGCCGUAGACCUGGCGCGCGCCGUCGAAGAAGCAUGUGCGAAGCCCAGACCCCAGCUGCGCUUCUCCUACGACCUUUCACUGAGCAUCGAGUCCAAGCUCGAAGCCAUUGCCCGCACCAUCUACGGCGCCCGCUGCGUGGAGCUCAGCCCGCUGGCCAAGACUCAGGCCGAACGCUUCGAGCGCCAGGGCUACGGCAAAAUGGCCGUGUGUAUAGCCAAGACGCCGCUGUCGCUAUCGCACGACCCGAAGCUGCUUGGCUCGCCGCGCGACUUCGUGCUGCCCGUGCGCGAGCUGAGGCUCAGCGCUGGCGCGGGCUUCGUGUACGCGCUGGCUGGCGACGUCACCACCAUGCCCGGCCUCCCGACGAGACCCGCGCUGAUGGACAUCGACCUGGACGUUACCACAGGACGUCCGAUCGGCCUCUUCUAGACGAGAAUCUCAGAUACACAUCAAUCGAAGAUUAUGCUCAGAUGUUCAGCUGAUUCGAAAUGUGCCUGUGGCCGCGUGAAAAUGCAGAAGAUGUGUUACCUUAUGCCUUGCGGCACUUCCAGUUUCCGUCGAUGUGAACCAAAGGCAUAGGCAGGUGCCCGGCUACCCUGAUAUUUUAGCAUUGGUUGGACUGUAGGCACGACUGAGUAAUAGGAUGGGGCAGACAUUGCACACUCCACCCCUUGAUUGAUUGUGGGAGGGUUGUUUCCCUUCCUUCCACUGCCCCCUUGAGAACGCCCAUGCGUACUAUUGCCACUGCAGUAUUUACAGAUUCUGUAGAUAUGACCCGAAGUGGGUGUAUACCUCAACAGUCAGUCCGCCAAAUUCGAUUUUCUUGUAUACAGAAAAUAACAUCCACGUAAAAGCUGCUCCACAGUAAAGAUCUCCAGCCCUGGGCUACCGUCCUCGUUCUAGCAGCACAUGCUGGAAAAAUGGCGCAGAACAUUUGUUGAAUUUUGAACAGAUGUUUAGGCAAAUAACGCGAAUAUGGACAUGACAUCUUCACAUGGUCAGACUCAAGGAACGCUAAGAUAAGUUUUCUUUUCGGGAACAUUUGAUAAAAAAGAAAACAUGUAUUUUUGUGAGAUGUAUUUUCUACGACCAUACCGAUUUAUUUUGUUUCGAAUUGUGGACAUUGAAUAAAGAGGAGCCUUUUUCAAUACA